UACAGGAAAAAUAACGUCAUUGCAAAUGCUCCAGUUCCACGUUCCAGCAUUCGGAGCACCGCCACACCUCCUCAUCCACCCUUUCGAUUUUCCUUCAUGCCUAACCUAUUGAUUCCUUUUUGCUCAGGCUGAACAAUUGUUUUGGCAUUGAAGCGCCUGAUUGUUGCAACGGAUCACUCACGUCGACUAAUGUGCAGCACAGUUCUUGUUGUGGUAUAAUCUGCCAGUAGUGAAUCGUCAGCCUUGCAGGAAUCAUCGCCUAGCCUGUGGCUGUUGCGAGAUGGCAGAUCAGAAACGGAAGCCACCAAAGCUUGGUCCUCGGAAAACUCGAAAUCAAACAGGACAAACAGCAGUCCCCAAACCUUCAGAGCCUGCUGGCAAGGCUGAUGUGGCCGGAACAGAAAAAGUGGCAGCAAAGAAGCCCCCAAAGCUCGGCCCCAGGCGCGAUGUGAAAGGAACAGAGCAGACAUCGGCACAGCAACCUCCAGAACUCGCUGGCAAGGGCGAUAAUCAGGACACCGAACAGGUGGCCGAGCAGAAACCGUCAGACCUUACUGACAAGGGCGAUGACAAGAAAACAGAGCCAGUGGCAGAACAGAAGCCUCCAGAGCCGACUGACAAGGGCGAUGAUCAGGAUGCCGAUGGUGUGGCACAACAAAAACCAUCAGAGCUAGCCGCAAAGGGCGAUGACAAUGAUGUCGACCAAUUGACAGAAUACAAACCUUCAGAGCCAACCGAGAAGGGCGGUGGUAAGGAUGCCGAGAAGAAUGCCGACCAAGUGACAGAACAGAACCCUUCAAAGCCAACCGAGAAGAGCGAUGAGAAGGAGCCGCAAGAGCCAUCAAAGAAGAAGCCACCGAAGCUCGGCCCCAAGAGCGAUGAGAAGAAAACAGACCAGUCAUCGGAACAGCAACCUUCAAAGCCCGGCACGAAGGACGACGAGAACCUAGCGGAGCAAACGCCAGAACAAGAAUCCUCAAAGCCAUCCGGCAAGGCCGAUGACAAGCCAGAAGAUCAAGUCGACCUAACAAGCGUCCUCAACGAAGAGCAAAGAGUGGAGCUCACCCUGCUAAUCGCCAACCUCACCGAAUCCAUGCGCAAGUUGAUCAUCGACAACUUCGACUCAUCAGCCGGCCUCAACAAAAGCCUCUUGCGCGAAGGCAUGUCCUCCGAUGAAAAGAUGCUGGCCGCCGACCCAAACGCCGACGUCAGCGAGUUCGAGCGCGAGCGAAAACUCAAAGAACAAUACGACAAAGACUUGGCUUCUCCUAAAAUGAAAACCCUCAAGAAGGACGCAUUGAAGGCGUACGACGAGUGGCGCGAGCAAGUCAUCGGACGCGUUGGGGAAGUUGUCAAUACUAAACGCGAGAAAGCCGACAGCAAUGCCAAAGCGAAACCGAAUGCUGCCGCCGAUAUUUCCAGCAGCGCAGGGAAAGUGAUCGAGGCAGGCAAUACAGCGGUGAAUGUCAAAUUCAAGGACCUCUUCCCAGCGCAAAAGACUCCGCUCACGAGAAUCCCUAUGACUCAAAGAACGCUUAUCUUGCAUUCAUUGCUAUUGCUGUUCUUGAGUCUGGAGCAUUACAGCGCGUAUUCGCGCAUUCUGUUGCUCAAUGUCACGGCCAGCUUGAAAUUGCCGCUCAAAACGUUCGAGCAGGAUGAGUAUACUACCGGCAAGGGCCUCUUGGAAGCAGCGAAAGAGAACGAAAUGAGCGCGGACGAAGAGACUAGGAAACGCGUCGAGGAGAAUAAAGAGUUGCGCAAACGUAAAGUCCGAAUCGCUGCGGCCGCGGGCGCUGCUAUACUUGGCGUAAGUGGUGGUCUCGCGGCGCCUCUUGUCGCUGCUGGUGUGGGAUCUGUUAUGGGUGGUUUGGGACUCGGCGCGACCACUGCCGCUGCGUAUCUGGGAAGUGUGGCUGGCAGUACGGUUGUUGUGGGCGGACUGUUCGGAGCGUAUGGUGGCCGAAUGACGGGCCAGAUGAUGGAUCGGUAUGCACGGGAAGUCGAAGAUUUUCAGUUCCUUCCUGUUCAUGGGAGUCACGAUAAGAAGACCUCGGAAGAGGAAGGCAAGGGUGCGAUUGAGGCGACUGAGCAUGAUCACAAGUUACGUGUCACGAUCGGACUGAGCGGUUGGUUGACGGAGAAGGAGGAAGUCGUGAAGCCCUGGCGGGUUCUUGGCGUGGGUGCUGAAGUGUUCGCGCUGAAGUACGAACUCGAGGCGUUGUUAAACUUGGGCAAUGCUAUGAAUGGGGUGGCGCAAUCUGCUGCCUGGGGGUACGCGCAAAAGGAGAUCAUACAGCGCACGAUCUUUGCCGAGUUGGCGAGUGCGCUGUGGCCUAUGGCGCUGAUGAAGGUGGCCAGAGUUAUCGAUAACCCGUUCAGUGUGGCGAAGAGUCGUGCUGAGAAAGCGGGUGAGGUCCUUGCUGAUGCGUUGAUAAAUCGCGCGCAGGGGGAGAGACCGGUCACGUUGAUCGGGUACUCGCUUGGAGCGAGGGUCAUAUAUACUUGUCUGAUGAGCCUUGCACGACGCAAACAGUUUGGGAUCGUGGAGCAUGCGGUGCUGAUUGGAAGUCCGACACCAAGCGAUACGAGCGAUUGGCGAAUCUUGAGGAGUGUGGUCGCGGGACGACUGGUCAAUGUGUACUCGGUGAACGAUUAUGUUUUGGGGUUCAUGUAUCGCACGAGUGCCAUACAAUUUGGCGUUGCUGGGCUGCAGAAGGUCGAGGGCCUGAAGGGUGUCGAGAACUUCGAUGUGUCCGAGGAUGUCAGCAGUCAUCAGCGCUACCGCUAUUUGAUUGGCGCGAUCCUUAAGACGAUUGGGUUUGAGGAUAUCGAUAUGGACGCUGUUGAGCGGGAACGCGAAGCGCUGGUGGAGAUAGAGAAGGAGGAGCAGAAACAGAGUCUGGCCUCGCAGCAGAAGUGGUUGAUGAGACGGGAGUCGGCGGGUGGAAAGGAAGACGAAGAGGCUGAAGCUGAGGCCGAGGCGAACGACUUGGAGAAGAUGGUGCAGGAACAGACGAAGAAGACCCUCGUCACCAGGGCGAUUGAGUAUUUCUACAUGCCUAAUCUUCCAGGGACCAAGGAUGUGGACAAGAUGGCCGGAAAUGUGCAGAAUGUGGCCAAGGAUCCCACAAAGGUUGGUGACGUUGCGCAAGAUGCACAGGCAUCGGCGUCGAUCGACAGCCUUGGGACGAGACUGUACAAGAGUCUGCCAAGCAUGCCGUAUGUCAAUAGGUCGACACCUGCCGGGGCUGCGACGGAUCAAGCUGGUAAGACGACGAAAGGGGUCACGGAUGAGGCUGGUAAGACGGCAAUGGGGCUCACAAAUCAAGUUGGAGGGCCGGCAAAGGGGGCCGCAGAUCAGAAGGAAGGUUACAUCUCACAGGCCUCUUCGUAUAUAUCUUCGCUCAGGGGAAGUGAUCAGAACCAGACAAAAAAGCCGCCGAAGUUGCCACCAACGGAAAAAGCGACAGAAUCAGCGUCCAAGGCAGCCAAUACUGGGGCAUCGGCGGCCAAGGGAGCCGCCGGCAUUGCUCAAGAUACAGUCGGCGUGACUGUGAAGAACACACUAAACCCAGAGGACAAUCCUGCCGUGAAGUCAACGAAAAAGGUGGCUGACAAUGCGCCCAUUAUACAUCAAGCCAAGGACAGAACUCCAGCUCCUGUCAAGGAGAGGGCAGGCGAGGUCGAGGGUGCGGUGGAGACUACGGUCCAAAAUACCGGGCAGACUGUUCAGAAGGGGCUUGAUACUACGACUGAGAAGGCUGGUGAUGCAGGUAAGGCCGGCGUGCAGUCGGCUCAAGAUGCUGGCAAAGCUGGCACACAAGCGGCUCAAGAGGUGGGUAACGCCGCCACUGAGAAGGCUGGCGGAGCAGGAAAGGCCGGCAUACAGUCUGCCCAAGAUGCGGGCAAGGCUGGUACUCAGGUCGCCCAAGGCGCUGGCGCGGCGGUCACAGAGAAGGCUGGUGAUGCGGGUAAGAUUGCCACACAGUCUGCUCAAGACGCAACGAAAGCCGGGCAGACUUAUUCUUCGCGCGCUGCGUCGUAUCUGCCGAGUGUGCCGAGAUUCGGGUUCGGCGGUGCAAAGGGCGAAAAGAAACCUGCGCCGCCGAAACUGGAGAAACGCAAGUCCUCGGCGAAGAAUGUGCAGCGGCCAUCAAUCGACAAGGUGCCGUCUGGGACUGUGGAGAAGGCAAAACCACCGAAGCUUGACAGAGCGCCAUCGGGAGUGAAGUCGCCCGCUCUUCCCACGAAAUUGGACAGAGUGCCGUCGGGGGUCAAGUCUCCCGCCCUUCCCACCAAGCUGGACAGAGUGCCCUCAGGAGUCAAGUCUCCCGCCCUUCCCACCAAGCUGGACAGAGUGCCCUCAGGAGUCAAAUCCCCGCCACCGAAACUUGGGCCGAGGAGAACGUCUAGUCAGCAGGCUAGUGCUGGUGUGGGCGUGCCGUCUGCGGCAUCGAUUGGUGAGAGAUUAGCGAGUAUUCCGUCAGAUGCUACGGGCGCGGCGAAAGGUGUCGGCGAGAAGGGGAAGAGUGCUGUGUCUGGCGUGAAGAGUCCUAUAGCGGAGGAAGGGAAGAAGGCUGAAGAAAAGGGAGAUCAGAAGUCUCAAGAUGCAGGAGUUGAUGCUGCAGUUGAGACUGGUGGAGGCGCUGCGGAGGCUGUGACCGCCACGGCUUCUGGAGGUGCUCAGAUGGCGACUGAUGCCGGGAAGGGCGCGGCGCAGGCUGUGACUUCUACGGCGUCUCAGGGUGCUGGGAAGGCCGCUGAUGCUGGAAAGGGAGUGGCGCAAGGUGUGGGCGAGACGGCUGCUCAGGGUGCCGGCCAGGCGGUUAAUGCUGGGAAAGGCGCGGCUCAGGUUGCGAGUUCCACGGCAUCGCAAGCUGCUGGGACGGUGAGUGAUGCUGGGAAAGGUGCCGUGCAAAAGGGCGGGAAUAUGCUCUCUGGCGCUGGCAAGUUAGCUGGGUUUGGAAGAUAGGGAAAGGCGCUGAUAUAGGGUUAAAGUAGGCGUAGGCGCAGUUGGCGUCAGUUGCACGAUGUAUGGAAGAGGGCUCUGCUAACGGCAAAACAAUGAAAGAUGUGAUUAUUUGUAAGGUCCUGGUAGAUACAUCCCACGGGUGUUUAAUGUUUGCCUG